UGUGUGAGAGAGAGAGAGAGAGAGAGCUUAUAUAAACGCUGCUUUGCUAAGCUAGAAAGCUGCAGGGGGAACAUUUUACAGGAAUAUCAGACACGACGACCACGACCUGACGACGUCUUCGCUCCUGUCCUGUGUGUACUGAAGGAUCAUCCUGGAGUUAGUGACCACUGACUUGGAUAUUAAAUCCCUCUCUGCUGUGACGCAUCCAUUGUUCCAUCGGACUUUUGGAUCCCGGUGCCAGCGAAGAAGCGAAACUAAAUGUCUGCGACGUUGCCAGAAACUCCACUUCCUGCCAAGUUAAUGAAGUUGUAAGUAGGUUACCAGAGCUGUCAUUCUCUCACCUAAUCCAUGAAAUGGCCCUCCUUUUGGAUGAGAGACUAUAAGAGGAGCGGGCAUGGCACUGGCGUUGCUCUCCAGGCUCCACUGCCCCUUGAAGCGGGCUCAGCUGCUCCUUCUGUGUCUGGGCAUCGCCUACCUCAUGGCGGGCAGCAUCCUGCUCAUGCAGCGCUCCAACAUCAGAGUAGCCCAGCCAAGCUUUCCGGUGUUUCCUCCUUUGUUGGCGAUCGCAGCACCUCCGACGACCCUGUGGACCGCAGGUUUGGGCGUGAGGGCGCGUUCCAGAUGGGCCGCGGUGCAGUCUGUAUCCAAUGGGAGAGCCAAGGUCGAGCAACAAUGGCCCACAUCCCGGAGUCUGGGGGUCCAACACCUGCAUCGUCACUGGUUUCAUAGUAUUUUACCAGAGAGUCCGGAGGAUGGAAGUCCUGUCCGCAAAAAAGACAACCAUCAAGGGGCCUACAUCGGUUGCUUCCUGCACAGUGCCAGCAAGCGAGCCCUCGGAGGAAUUCUGCUGUAUGACCUGCGGAAAAUGACCAGCUCUCUGUGUCAAGACACCUGCUCAGAAAGUGGGUACCAGUUUGCAGGUCUGGAGUAUGGAGCUGAAUGCCACUGUGGGAACAGGAUCAAUAGCCCGCAGGCUCCCGAGGAGGAUUGUAGUCUGGCGUGUCGGGGGGAGAAGGGGUACCCCUGUGGCGGGGUGGGACGUCUCUCCAUUUACAAGGUGCAGGAGCAGUUUCCAGGUCACCGAAAAUUCAGAAACGUUCACCAGCGAGGUUGCUUCAAGUUGAUGAACGACACCAUCAACACCUUCCCAAUUCAUGCCCUUCAAGCAAACCUUACUGCACAGUCCUGCAUCGAGACAUGCACAGACAAGGAACUCCCGCUGGCCGUCUUCAAGAAACCCCACUGCUUCUGUACUUGGACGUCGUCUCUGUUCGGUCUCAACCAGCAGUCGGGACAACAAUGCGCAGAAAACGCUGGUCUGAACCACACCAAAAACUCCACAGCGACAGUAACAACGGAGAAGGACUACUAUCAGGUGUAUCACACUCCUGUACUUGACUCCAGGUGCAAAGAGAGAAUGUUUCUACCGCAGAGGUCCAACUCUCUGGUGGCUCUCUCCAGCUUUCCAGGAGCAGGCAACACUUGGGUCCGUCACCUGAUCGAGCUCAUGACAGGCUACUACACCGGUAGCUUCUACUUUGACGGAACCUUGUACAGUCGAGGUUUCAAAGGAGAGAAGGACUUUUGGAGGAACGGCCGCAGCAUUUGCGUGAAGACCCAUGAGAGCGGUGAGAGAGAGAUUGAGAUGUACAACUCUGCCAUCCUGCUGAUCCGGAACCCUUAUCGAUCCCUUAUGGCGGAAUUCAACCGCAAAUGCGCCGGACAUUUAGGACAUGCAACAGAUGCUCAGUGGAAAAGCAAAGAAUGGCCAGAAUUUGUGUCAAGCUACGCCCCCUGGUGGGCAUCCCACGCACUCAGCUGGCUGAAGUUUGGACGCCAUCUGCUGGUGGUGCAUUACGAGGAUCUGCAGAGAGAACUACUCCCUCAGCUGCGCCUCAUCACAGCCUUCCUGAACGUCACCCCGACCGAGGAGCGGCUGAUCUGUGCCCAGAACAAUCAAGAUGGUUACUUCAAGCGCCCGGGCAGCCAGCAGCCAUCUUUUGAUCCUUUCACCCCUCACAUGAGGCAAACCAUCGACACUUUCAUUCGUACCGUGGACCAGGCUCUACAGAGCAGGAACUUUAGCAGACUUCCUGGACAAUACCUCCCCAGAUGAUGUCUUGGGAAGUUCUUAAGGGAAAAGAUUUUGGCGCUAACAUGCAGUGCACACGGCGUGAGGAAAGCAUCAGGGCUGGACUACUUUGGCAUGAAGUGUGCCAGUAGGGUUAGGCUCAUCAAGCAAAGUUCUGAUUUAGGGCAGAAAAGUGUUUUGCUCUGCAUGUUUUAAAGAAUAUUUUCUUUCAGUGUUAACAAUCUUGUCAUAUUAACAGCCUGAAGCAGAUAAUACCGCUGAUUAAAGCCUCAAAGUUACGACCAAAUGCUGCACACGUAAUGCAAUUCAUCGUUGUACUAAACUGAAAGACCACUUUUAACUGUAAAUUCCUUACAUUAAAC